AGGGUAAGUUCAGCUGUGACCGGUGUCCGUCAGGCAAGGUCUCACCUCAGACUGCCACAGUCUUUUGCUCUUAACUACUGCCAUUCCUCAAGUUCUCGAGCCACAGAGUCUAUCUUCUCCUUUGGGUGCCCUCUACAUUCUGCAAACCGUCGAAAUCCAUGGCACCCGGAACACGUUCUUCCUCUCGUCAACCUUUACAAGCCAACAGGUCCCAUACCAACCUACAUAUAGAUCAGGAAGUAAUCAUCCUUUCCUCUGACGACGAGGCUGCAAGCGUUCCGAGGAAACGCAUACGACCCAAUUCGAAACAAGCCGCAAGGUCGAAAGGGCGCACGCCGAUGGCCAUACCACACGAUGUCGUAGAGAUAUCUUCCGACGAUGAUACGCCACCGGUUGCUUCAUGCAGCAGUGUCACGGCUUUGCAACUGCAGAUAAAGGCUCUACAAGAGGAGAAUGAACGUCUGAGAAAACAAACAGCUCAGGUAAUGCCGAUUGUAUCGCCGGAGAUGGUCCAAGCAGCAGAAUCACAGAAGAGGCUGCUGACAGCGUUGGACGACCAAUUAAGCUGUGAAAUCUGCACCCUUCGAAUGUGGACACCUUAUACCCUUGGUUGUGGUCACACCUUCUGUCAAUCAUGUCUUCAAGAUUGGUUCGGUACCACGCUUGCAAAACACAUGACCGAGCAUCCCGAAUACAACGCUAAUCCCCCACAAGUUCAGCAAUAUCACUUCAUCCUCCGACAGGGACGAAUAGGUACUCAGCAACGUCGGCAUCUUGAGGAUCUCAUUGAGCGGACGUUGCGCUCCAUAAAUCAUCCUAAAUAUACGUGCCCGACAUGCCGCGUUGCAGUUAAGGACAGGCCUACCGAGGUAUAUUCGUUGAAGCAGGUCGUACGGACGAUCGCAGACACGAUGGGUGAGACAAGUCCUAAGAAGACGCACCCUCCGCGAGGCGCGAGGGAUACAGGCGGCCCUUGGGAUGGAUUCUUCCCCGUGCUUAAACUGUAACGUUUUCUUUAUUUCUAUCCUUUGGGUCCUGUAUGUUGUAUUCUUGUCAUCGCGCAUAUCGCAUAGGUUAUUGUCAGACCUUCGCACGUUAUCCUUAUAGUUCAGCUAUGAUAAACUCUCUCAUCUCACUAUCAUGGACUCUAGCAUUCGGCCAUCAUCAUACGAAUGAAAGUCCCCCUUUUCAGC